CACUUCCCAACUGGAAAAUAUCAUCUUCCCAUAGCACAUGAAUGCAGCAUUAAUCUUUUGUAUAACUCGGGAGUUAUGCGUUCAUUUUGCGCUGCGCAUGCGCGCUGCUCAGGUCUGUGAGUCUCUUGUGCAUUAUUCACGUGAUUACAGCAGUCACAUGACCAGCGCUGUUCGUGGAGAACCUGCAGACGUUCGCUGGUCAAGCAGAGCGUUUCUACUGGGAAGUAAACAUUUUUCUGAGCUGAAGAAGAUGCAGACAGGAGCACUAGCACUGCUGUUUCUGUCUGUCUGUGUGUUCACGAAACAAUGUGAUGGCAGGGUGUUCCUGAGUGCUCCACCUCCUGUUUCCUUGGCGGAGAAAGUCUCGAAAAAUAUCACCAUUACAGCAAGUUCUUCUCUGAAUGUUACUGUGUACAUCUACUUCAAUAUUACAUAUAACUCAACAAACAUCUCUUCAAUAAUUCAUCUUCCACAAGAAGUUAUUUUACCAGCAGAAAAUGUAUCAACCUGUUUUGAAGUGCAAGCAAAAAGCGUUGGACAGGUCACUGCUUAUCUGUACAGCAACAACACUGAAAUCCAAAGCCUUCAAACUCGAAUCAUAUUUUUGGUCAUCAGGAGCAAGGUUCUUGAUAUCAUCAUCAAAAUCAUUGGAUGGAUCUACUUUUUAGCCUGGUCUAUUUCCUUCUAUCCGCAGGCGUAUGAAAACUGGAAAAGAAAGAGUGUGGUGGGCCUGAGCUUUGAUUUUCUCACACUCAACCUCACUGGAUUUAUUGCUUAUGGUGUCUUCAAUAUCGGUCUCUUUUGGAUACCUUACAUAAAGGAGGAAUUCUUGAAAACGUAUCCAAAUGGUGUCAAUCCAGUGGAUUCCAGUGAUGUGUUUUUCAGUCUGCAUGCAGUGGUCCUUACUCUGGUGUACAUCUGCCAAUGUACAAUGUAUGAGCGAGGAGGCCAAAAGGUGUCCAAGGUGGCUAUUUUUUUCCUGGUGGUUGCUUGGACAUUUGCUUUCGUCACACUUUUUGUUGCUGUUGCUCAGAAGAUCUCGUGGCUGACUUACCUGUACUACUUCUCCUACAUUAAACUGGGCAUAACACUGAUUAAGUAUGUCCCUCAGGCUUGGAUGAACUAUCGAAGACAAAGCACAGAGGGCUGGAGCAUUGGCAACGUGCUACUGGAUUUAACAGGAGGGACUUUCAGUGUGCUUCAGAUGUUCCUGCAGUCCUAUAACAAUAAUCAGUGGAAACUCAUAUUUGGAGACCCAACGAAAUUCGGACUGGGCAUCUUCUCUAUAUUUUUCGACAUCAUAUUUAUGAUUCAGCACUACUGCCUUUACCGCAAUAAAAGUCCUGCAUAUCAGAUCGUGGGUGGUGAGGAAUAGGGAAGGACUUUGUGUGCAGUUCUGUUGCUGUUCAGUCAGUUAUGGCUGCGCCAGUAUUCACGGAGCAGAGGUGCUGAUGUUGGAGUGUGGGAUGCGGGACUUGGAGAACACCAGCUCCAUAGUGAUGGCAGACCGCAGUAGGUGCAACACAAUCAGCACCACAAUCACUAUGCUUUCAAUAAACAGAUACAGAAUCAUCAACCAAUGGCUUGUUGCCAUCAGGUCUUCCCUGGAGUGUGUCUGAGGCGGAGCACCUGCACCAUGCCUCCUGGCACCAAUGUCAAUGCAGAUGCAAAAAUCUGGCCUGCCUGCCUUAAGCGAUUGCUUGUACUGUAGCACAGCUUGUCCCCAUCGAGCCACAUGGGCUCCUCAUGCUGCUGGUGCAUAGGAAGAUGACAAAGAACCUCACGACUGGUAGUCAGAGCUGGCGGGCUGUUUUUAGAGAUGGUGGUAGGGUGUCGGCAGAAGGGACAUGAGAUUUUGCUCUCCUGAGGGUCCAUGGAGAUGGCCAUGAGGCACUCCAGACAGAACAUAUGCGUGCAGUCCAGCUGUUUGGGUGUUUUGAAGACAUUUGUCAUAUGUGGUGAAGCAGAUGGAGCAUUGCAGCUCGGGACCUUUCUCUAUCUCGGUGUCCAAUGUCAUCUGGGUGUGCCACACAGUCACUCCCAGGUCCAUCUUAUAGGUACAGCUGAUCAGUCACGCCUCUACGUCUGACUGGCUUAAAAAAAAAAGAUAAAUGCCAUAUUAUGAAAAGUCUCAGAUUGGCCUCUGAUUAAGUUGUAAAUAAAUAAAUUAGACAAUUAUAAAAGAUCUACAGAACCGGUCAAAAGUUUGGACACUCCUACUCAUUCAUAGGUUUUGCUGCAUUUUGACUUUUUUUUUUCUACAUUGUAGAACAAUACUGAAGACAUCAAAACUAUGAAAACGUAUGGCGCAUAUAUGGAAUAAUGUGGUUAAAAAAAUGUCAAAAAAUAUUUCAUACUUUAGAUUCUUCGACGUACACUCUAAAAAAUAAAGGUGCUUCAGUGGUUCUUCAAAUGUCUGGAUGGUUCCAUGGAGAGUCAAAACUCUGUGAUGAACCAUUACAUUAUGCAAAAGGUUCUUCAGAGCCUGGCAUUCUCUUGCCAUUUGCUGGUCAAUGCACAUAGGCUAUGUUUACACAAAUCUGUCUUCACUGCUCAAACAAAUGGUUUAAAUGGUUCUUUAAAGAACUGUUGCAUGAACGGUUCUUUGAAGCCCUGAAAAAGGUUCUUCUAUGGCCCCAUUAUUUUUUAGAGUGUAGUCACCAUUUCCCUUGAUGAUGCUUUGCACACUAUUGGUAUUAUCUUAACCAGCUUCAUGAGGUUAAUAAUGUUAUUCAGUAGAGUUUCUCUAUUUCUUUUCUCUGUUUAUCUGUAAUGAUGCUGCUGGAAUCUUAAAGGAAAAGGCAACUUUUGUACAAAAUCACCACGUAUAGAUAGAUAAAUAUAUAAAGUAAUCGAUCAUGGAAUUUAUAGAGAAAGAACAGACCGCAUAACAGUAUCUCAGGGAUUAAAGUUCUCCGGCACCAUGCCGGAUUUCCGGUUUGUAGUGAUUGCCCGUGGAUUUAAAAAAAUAAUAAAUCGAAAAUAAAUUGACGGCAAUUAAAAAAAAAAAAAAAUGACCGUCGAAAUCCCUCGUGUUUGUCAGCCAAUGGUAGUAAAGGAGCGCUCUGAAACUGACAGUAUUAGCCAAUCAGAAGAAGAAUGGGGCGGGUCUAAGGAAAGCCUUUACCCCCUCCUCUCAUUUCUUCCUUGCUUCGAUGCGGUGCAGUGCUGAAGAUCGACACGGAAAGUCACCUCGCGCCGUUAUGGCUCCAUUCAACGGAGAGAGGGUAAAAAGUAAAAAAAAUAAAAUAAAUGAACUUUUGUGUUGGAGAGAAGGGCGAGGGAGAGAAAACGGAAUUGCAUGGUGGCGUGGGCAAAAUGCAGUUCGUGAACUCUGGGGCACCCAGUAAAAAGUGGAAAAAAUAGUGCACUUUGUGUUUCAUUUUUGAAACAAGUUGUGAUCAUUCCAACUUCACUGAAAAGUACUUUGGAUAUGCAAAUGUAGCACUUUGUUCAGCACCCAGUAAAAAGGGGAAAAAAUGGAGCACUUUAUGUUUCAUUUUUGAAACAGGUUGUGAUCAUUCCAACCUUACUGAAGCACUUUGUUGAAUUUUAUCUGAUUUAAGUUAUCAUUUUAUGUAGUAUUUAAUGUUUUUGAUGUUACUGGGUUUUUGAUGUUAACGUUCUAUUGGUUUAAAUAACAUUUGUGUAUUUAAUUUGCCAUUCUACUACUGAUGUUCAAAGUUAUUGAAAUGGUGAAAUUGUUAAAUUAUUUCAAUUAUUAAAACUUUUAAUGCUCUCUAAAUGCCAUACUGAAUUUCAUCUACCUUUGUAACAGUUCACCUUGUGACUGUAGGUUAAUUUAUUACUUGUUAAGGACAACGCUGAGCACCAAAACUGGAUAUCAAAAGAAAUGUGGUACAUACAGGAGGUAGAUAUAGUAGAUGCACUUUUGCCAUCUUCUGGCCGUUUUUGGUAUUGGAUUUUCAAAAGUCAAAUUUAAUUUUCCAUUCAUGCAAUCUCUGAUCCCUUGCCCCCACAAACCCCCUAGUAUGGCUUGAAAAUAAACACACAAUCCAAAACACGUGCACACACACAUAUAUAUA